UUUCGUCAAAGUUCCCAAACUCCCAUUUCCCCUUCUUCCUUUUAUUCCCAACCAUGUAUAUAACAACUUCAACACCCUCUUCUUUAUCAUUCUUCAUCUUUCAAUUUCUUCAGCAUGACUGAUUCUAAUUCUACCCCUAAUUCCAAGUUCCAGAGCAUGCGCCGAUGGGUCGUUGACCACAAGCUUCGUGCUGUUGGGUCUUUAUGGUUAAGUGGUAUUGCUGGAUCAAUCGCUUACAACUGGUCUCAACCCGGGAUGAAAACAAGUGUUCGGAUCAUUCACGCAAGGUUGCACGCACAGGCGCUCACACUGGCCGCAUUAGCCGGAGCUGCAGUUGUUGAGUACUAUGAUCACAAUACAGGUGCAAAGUCUGAACGAUAUGCCAAGUUCCUCCCCCCGAUUGAUUCAUACUCUCACAAAGACUAAACCGGAACCUUGUGCUGCCAACGGGUGUUCGUUCUUGCAUUCAAAAUUGUAUAUUUUCAGUUUCACCAUUGUGUCUCCUAGGUGAUAACCUUCCGUAUGGAGUUUUGAUCUUAAAAAUAUUAUAUUUUCAUGAUUCAUAUUGCAAACAGGGUUGAUUAUGAUGUCACAAUUUGGUUUAUUUUAUUUGUUUUUCCCUUUU